UUGUGUCCGGCAGCUGGGGCGGUGUGGAAGCGUCGAGGGUUCCCGAGCUCCGCUGCGAAGGGCGGUUUCUUCCCCAGCUACAGCCGUCGCUGCCGGCCGUGCCUUGACUCUUCGCCUUUCGCGUCGCCUGAGGUCGCCAUGUCGCUGGGUUCCAGCCCGGACGCGGGUUUCUCCAGUGAGGAGCUGCUGACCCUCCGCUUUCCGUUGCACCGCGCCUGCCGCGACGGAGACGUACCCGCCUUGUGCGCUUUGCUUCAGAGCGCGCCCCGCGAAAGCUUAGCAGCCGAGGACUCCUUCUACGGGUGGACGCCCAUCCACUGGGCCGCGCAUUUCGGAAAGCUGGAAUGUCUAAUGCAGUUAGUGAGAGCUGGAGCAACUGUAAAUGAGUGUACAACACGUUUUGCGCAAACACCAGCCCAUAUUGCUGCUUUUGGAGGACAUCCUCAGUGUCUCAUCUGGUUAAUUCAAUCAGGGGCCAACAUAAACAAGCAGGAUUAUGUUGGUGAAACUCCUAUUCACAAAGCAGCCCGAUCUGGUAGUAUGGAAUCCAUAACUGCCCUUGUGGCUCAUGGAGCUCAAAUAGACUUAAGAAAUGCCAGUGGCCUGACAGCAGCAGAUCUUGCACAUACCCAGGGCUUCCAGGAAUGUGCUCAAUUGCUCUUGAACCUCCAAAACUGCCCAUUGAACCAUUUCUAUAGCAAUGGCAUCUUAAAUGGGGUCCAUCAGAAUACUAGUCCAAGUUUCCUCAAUAGAGGGCCCAGUCGAAAACGAUCUUUUGAAGACAUGGACAAUGUUGGAAUGAAGAAAGCUAGAAUUGAAGAUCAGAGUUUUGAUGGCCUAAUACCAAUGACAAAUGGAGGAAAUGAAGAGGAUGCUGACAAUAUGCAUGUUGAUAGAGAGUUUGCUCUUAUAUCAGAUAUGAAUUGCAGUAACUCCAUAUUGAAUGCAUUGGCAAAUGGAAAUAUCAUCAAUGGACAUUUGGACUUCACUUCCCCACCUCAGCUCAAUGGAUUGAGUUCCAGGCGUGAAGAAUGCCUAACACUGAUAGUACCUAACGCACUGAUCUCUGGUCAUAAGCAUAUAAUCAGUGAUGGCCUUAGUGUUGAGGAACCAGAAAAAGUUCUAAAUGCUUCUGACAUGUGUGGUUCUUUACAUUUGAAUGGAAGCCCAAGUAGUCUUGUUUCAAAUAGGCCUUCAUGGUUGGAUGACCUUGGAGAUACAUUGCACUAUGGACAUUACCACGGUUUUGGGGAUACUGCUGAAAGUAUUCCUGAACUUAACAGUGUUGUUGAGCAUUCCAAUUCGAUUAAAGUUGCACAAAAAUAUGAUAAUACUGUCUUAGGUACAAUGUAUCUUUAUCAUGGUUCCUAAAUUAUUAAUGCCAUGUUUUGUGGAUGUUAACGUACUUUGAAAUAGUACCACAAUGUAAUGGGGGUGGGUGGG